UGCUCGCGACAAAAGGUGUUGGACUGCUCGAGUGAAUUGAUCAGAAGAAACCUUCGACUUUAAGAAAAAAAUAAAUAGUAAAUCAUGGCGUUAGGCCCAAAAAUCAUCCUUUUCUUCGUCUUUGAUGUAUACUUAUCGUUAGCAAAAACGGACCUUGAUUUUUUCAAAGAUCGUCACAAGAAUGAAGAAAACUCAUAUACACCGAAUAGGUCAGGAUUUACCGUGUAUCCGCCAUCUCACCAAAAUACAACGUCACCACCGACGCAUUAUCCUAUCAAAAAUCAUCAACCAAAUAAUCAACAAUCUUCAGAGGAACAAGACUUCAUAUAUAUACAUUCACAACCGCCACCAGCAACUUUCUAUUCGACCGACCUGUCAUUCAGAUUUACUAACGUCGGCCUUCAAAGAAUCGGUCGGGAUUUUAUCACCAGUGACAGCAUCAUCAGCCUGAGUCUUGACAGCAAUAACAUAAGCGACAUUUCGCCAUUCGCCUUUCGCAGCAUGCGGAAUCUACGGCACUUGAACUUAUCCAAAAACAGGAUUCCGAUACAGAAGUUGCUGGUGUUGCACGGAAACGACAAGUUGCAGACGCUAAUCAUCAACGAUAACGACGGCAGUUACGAUGAUAGUUCCAAUUCAGAAUUUGUGAUAGAACAUGAGACCUUCACAAAUCUGAAGCAUCUGCAUUUGUGUAACAAUCGACUGCAGAAUUUUAAGAUGCCUUUUUAUAUAGCAACGCCCACCCUCAAUCAUUUGCAUCUGUGCAACAACAGCAUCAGUUCCACCAGUGCUGUCUUCGACAAUAUUCCGGCGACGUUGACCCAUCUUAAUCUGAAUAAAAAUCUAAUCGAUCGGGUCGAGCGGGAGAAACUCAGGUAUCUGCAGGAUCUUUCUAUGGACGACAACAAAAUCAUCCAAGUGUGCUUCGAGGAUUGUGGAGAAGAGUCCAUAUCUCUGAAAGGCGCCGACAGAAUGCAAAAUCUGUCUCUAUCGAGGAACCAGAUCGCGGAGGUGACCCUCGACGCCUUCUACGAUAUGAGGUACCUGCUGAAGCUGGACCUGUCCGGCAACAGGAUCGCCGAUCUAGCCAAGGGCACUUUCAACAAGACCCUCUUCAUAAACGAACUCUCCCUGGCUCACAACUUCCUCGCCGCGGUACCGGAUGUCUGUCCGAUGCAGCACCUGAAGAGCCUGAAUCUGACCGGAAAUCGCAUCAGCGCCAUCUUUCUCGACACCUUUUGCCGCCUGAAGAGACUCGAAUUUCUAUAUCUGUCGGACAACACCUUAACGACGAUCGAACCUCGGGCCUUCCACCUUGAAAGACUGACGCAUCUGGACCUUUCCGGAAACCGACUCAAGCAACUUCCGGCACAAUGGAUAUACGCGUGGCAGACGCGUAUAUCCAUCCUGGAAUUGAAUCUCGAGCGAAAUAACUUCACCGACCUGGACGACAUGUCGUUGAGGAACAUCAACUCUUUGAGGAACGUUUACGUUGACAAAAAUCCCAUGCUGAAGUUGAGGGCGGAAGCGUUCGAGCUGCUUCCGGGACAGUUGACAUUACACUUGAAGAACGUGCGAGUCGAGUGCGCACAGUGCCAAUGCAAGGAUGAUGAUGAACAGGACAAUGAUGAUGAAGAUAAUGAAGAUGAUGACUAUUAAAAUUAAUUAACCCUCCGUCAGCAGUCAUUUCUUUUUACUAAUCAGCAAACUGGAUCUUUUAAGUUCAUUCUUUAUUAUUUUAUUAUUAUUAUUAUUAUUAUUAUUAUUAUUAUCAUUAUU